GCAUGCCGGGACGGGGACCGGGAGGCCGGCGGCUGGAGCCUGAGCCCUCGGAUCCCCAGACCCUAGCCACAGGGGCUGCUGCCGUGUGCUGUGGAGGACGGCUUUCCCCUCCAGAUCUGUCAGUGAGCCGGUGUAAGCGGAAGCAUCUUACAGCCAUCGACUGCCAGCACUUGGCUCGGAGGCACUUGGCUGUGACCCAGGCCUUCGGUCAGAGAUGGACAAGUCGAGACCCUAACCACGGUCUCUAUCCUCGGCCCAGAGCAAAGCGAGGGACGAGGACAAGGGGCCCAGAGCAUCAGAGACAGAUCACCGAGUUCUUUCCAGUCGGCCAUCAACGGGGCACCAAUGACAUGGCCAAGAGCAACCCUGGGAGCCAGGACAGCUCUCAGGACUCAGAGGGGGAAGUGACUUUUGCCUUGGAGAGCGACUGCGCCCCCUCUCCAGAGGGGGCCGGGGGGCCCAGGAAGCGGCCGUGCCCCUGGGAGGAUGAGCAGAGUCAAGGCCCGGGGGCCCGGCAGCAGGAUGGAGCCUCGAAGAGAAGGCUGCAAGCUUGCGUGCCCCUGUCCUGCUCAGGGCCCCAGGGCGCCGGGUACGAGGCAGGGGACUCCCUGGCCCAGCUCUCUGCGGAGCCCGACCAGGAGCUAGAGGACAUGGGGCCCGAGCCCAUUCCCGACGCCUGCUAUGGGCUCCUGGGGACCUCGCCCUGCCCAGAAGCCCAGAGCCACAUCUGCGGCCUGCCCAGCGAGGUCCUAAGGCACAUCUUUGCCUUCCUGCCCGUGGAAGACCUCUUCUGGAACCUCAGCCUGGUCUGUCACCUGUGGAGGGAUAUCAUCAGAGACCCGCUGUUCAUUCCCUGGAAAAAGCUCUACCACCGCUACCUGAUGAACGAAGAGCAGGCGGUCAGCAAGGUGGACGGCAUCCUGCUGAGCUCGGGCAUCGAGAAGGAGCAAGACUCCUGCGUGCUGAACCUGAUCCGAUACACAGCCACCAGUAAAUGCUCCCCCAGCGUGGACCCCAGACGGGCCCUGUGGAGCUUGCGGGACCACCCCCUCCUUCCUGAGGCGGAAGCGUGUGUGCGCCAGCAGCUGCCCGACCUGCACGAAGCCACUGGGGCUGUCAACGUGUGGGCUCUAGUGGCAGCCGUGGUCCUGCUCUCUGGCAGCGUGCGUGACAUCCAGCAGCUGCUCUUCUGCCUCCGGAGGCCCAGCUCCACCGUGACCAUGGCCGACGUCACCGAGACCCUGUACUGCAUGGCGGUGCUCCUCUACGCCAUGAGGGAGAAGGGCAUCAGCAUCAGCAACCGGAUUCACUACAACAUCUUCUACUGCCUGUACCUUCAGGAGAAUUCCUGCACCCAGAGCACAGAAGUCAAGGAGGGGCCGUCCGUGUGCUCCAGCAAGAAGACCAUCCAGCUCACUCAUGAGCAGCAGCUGAUUCUGAGCCAUAAGAUGGAGCCUCUCCAGGUGGUCAAAAUCAUGGCGUUUGCAGGCACCGGGAAGACCUCCACACUGGUCAAGUAUGCCGAGAAGUGGUCCCAGAGCAGGUUCCUGUAUGUGACCUUCAACAAGAGCAUUGCCAAGCAGGCUGAGCACGUCUUCCCCAGCAACGUCACCUGCAAAACCUUCCACUCCAUGGCCUACAAACAUGUGGGGCGGAAGUACCAGUUAAAGAAGAAACUGAACCCCUUCAAGUUGACCCCUUUCAUGGUCAACUCUGUCCUGGCAGAAGGGAAAGCGGGCUUCAUCAGGGCCAAGCUGGUGUGUAAGACACUGGAGAACUUCUUUGCCUCUGCUGACGAGGAGGUGACCGUCGACCACGUGCCCAUCUGGUGUAAAAACAACCAGGGGCAGAGGGUCAUGGUGAAGCAGAGUGAAAAGCUGAACGGUGUCCUGGAAGCCAGCCGACUGUGGGACAACAUGCGGAAGCUGGGGGAAUGCAGAGAGGAGGCGUACCAGAUGACUCACGAUGGCUACCUGAAACUCUGGCAGCUGAGCAAGCCCCUGCUGGCCUCUUACGACGCCAUCUUUGUGGACGAGGCCCAGGACUGCACCCCAGCGAUCAUGAACAUAGUUCUGUCUCAGCCCUGUGGGAAAAUCUUUGUCGGGGACCCACACCAGCAGAUCUAUACCUUCCGUGGUGCUGUCAAUGCUCUCUUCACAGUCCCCCACACUCACGUCUUCUACCUCACGCAGAGUUUUCGCUUUGGUGUGGAAAUAGCUUAUGUGGGAGCCACCAUCUUGGAUGUCUGCAAAAGAGUAAGAAGAAAGACUUUGGUAGGAGGCCCCCAUCAGAGUGGCAUUCGUGGUGACACCCAGGGACAGGUGGCUCUGUUGUCCCGGACCAAUGCCAACGUGUUUGACGAGGCUGUGCGGGUGACUGAGGGAGAAGUCCCUGCCAGGAUCCAUCUGAUCGGGGGCACUAGAUCAUUUGGAUUGGACAGAAUCAUUGAUAUCUGGAUCCUUCUUCAGCCAGAGGAAGAACGCAAGAAGCACAACCUCGUCAUCAAGGACAGGUUCAUCCGCAGAUGGGCGCACAAGGAGGGCUUCAGCGGCCUCAGGAGGUACGUGUGUGCGGCCGAGGACAAGGAGCUGGAGGCCAAGAUCGCGGUUGUGGAGAAGUACAACAUCCGCAUCCCCGAGCUGGUCAGAAGGAUAGAGAAGUGCCACAUAGAUGACCGUGACUUUGCAGAGUACAUCCUGGGCACCGUGCACAAAGCCAAGGGCCUGGAGUUUGACACCGUGCACGUUCUGGAUGACUUCGUGAAGGUGCCGUGCGCCAGGCACAACCUGGCGCAGCUGCCCCACUUCCGAGUCGAGUCCUUCUCUGAGGAUGAGUGGAAUCUGCUGUACGUCGCGGUGACUCGUGCCAAGAAGUGUCUAAUCAUGACCAAAUCCUUGGAGAACAUUCUGACGUUGGCUGGGGAGUACUUCUUGCAAGCGGAGCUGACGAGCAGCGUCCUGCAGGCGGGCGUGGUCCACUGCUGCGUGGACCAGUGCAGCAACGCCAUCCCCGCGGACACCGUGCUCUCCAUGAGGAAGCUGCCCAUCACCUACAGCAACCGGAAGGAGAGCAAGGAGGGCCACUUGUGCCACUCGUGUGUGGAGCAGCGCAUCGGGCCCCUGGCCUUCCUCACAGCCUCCCCCGAGCAGGUGCGAGCCAUGGAGCGCACGCAGGAGGCCGUCGUGCUGCCCAGACACGAGGCCCUGCUUUUCCUCGUCUUCUGAGGCCCAGGAAUCGGCUCCAAGUGACGGGUGGCCUGUGGGGGUCAGGCCCACCCGAGGACCCUUGACCCCUCUGGGAGCCUGGACUCAGGCCCAGGCCUCUGGACUCCUUCCUGGCUCCCUGGACUUAUUCCCAGGGCCCUAGCCUCACUCGAGGGCCCUGGACUUGUUCCUAGGAUCCUGACCUCAUUCUGGGACCCUGGACUAGGUCCCAGUACCCCAGCCUUACUAUGGGACCCUGGACUCGCUCCCAGGACCCCUGGACUUACUUUGGAACUCCAGGUUGCCUCCCGGGAGCCUGGGCUUGUUCCCAAGACCCUGACCUCAUCUGGGACCCAGGACUCUCCCUACACCCGGCCCUGCUCCCAGGACAUCAGUGGAGGAGGCCACAGGAGUGGGACCCGCCCUUUGUCUCCCCAGAAGGUGGCAGGUUCCCCGACAUCCUUCUGGGGUUGGAGGGUCAUUUUGAUAAAAAAAAAAAAAAAAAAAAAAAGCAGUUUAUGUCUUUAAACUUUUAUUUUAAGAUCCCGAUUAAACAGGUGCUUUAGCACCUUAGACCCUGU